AUGAGGACCCUGGUACCUAUGCUUCUCGUCGUGGCGUUUGCCCUUUUCUCCUCGGCUCAACAUCAAACUCUCGAAGAGAAGGUUCAGAACUUGGCAGAUCUGACUUCGCGUCAUUCGAUUGUCAAGUUCAACAUGGACAAGUGGAAGAACUUGGUGCGUAUGCAACCAAGAAACUAUUCGGUAGUUGUAAUGUUCACCGCCCUCUCUUCUGGUGUUAACUGCCCUAUCUGCAAGUGAGUAUUCACUUCUUUACUCACUCCCAAUAUCUCGUCUCAGGCCUGCUUACGACGAGUUCAUGAUUGUCGCCAACUCUCACCGCUACACGAACACUGAAGGAGAUCGUCGCAAAGUGUUCUUCGGAAUAGUCGAUUACGAAGAUGCUCCACAGAUUUUCCAGCAAAUGAAUCUGAACACCGCUCCGAUUCUCUACCAUUUCGGACCUAAGCUUGGAGCUAAAAAACGUCCCGAGCAAAUGGACUUCCAGAGACAGGGAUUCGAUGCUGAAGCUAUCGCCAGAUUCGUCGCCGAUCAGACUGAAGUGCAAAUUCGCGUUAUCCGUCCGCCCAACUACACAGCCCCAAUCGUUAUUGGACUGUUCAUUGCUCUGCUCCUCGGAAUGCUCUACAUGAAGAGAAACAGCCUCGACUUCCUGUUCAACCGUACCAUGUGGGGAAUCUUCUGCCUUUCCAUCACCUUCAUUUUUAUGUCCGGACAAAUGUGGAAUCACAUUCGCGGACCGCCCUUCAUGAUGACCAAUCCGAACACCAAGGAGCCAUCGUUCAUCCACGGAUCCACACAGUUCCAGUUGAUCGCCGAGACCUACAUUGUGGGAGUUCUCUACGCCCUUGUUGCCAUCGGAUUCAUCUUUGUCAAUGAGGCUGCUGACGCAACGAACGAGAAGGACAAGAAACAGGCGGCGAACAAGAAGUCGAACAGCCCGUUGGCCCUUUUUAACGUCCCGGCAAACAGUGCGUCCAUCCAUUCUCUUCUAUUAAAAACGCGAUGUAUUUUUCAGCUCUUGCCAUCAUCGGUCUCGUCAGCAUCUGCGUCUUCUUCUCGUUCCUGCUCUCCGUCUUCCGUUCCAAGUACCGUGGAUACCCGUACUCGUUCCUCUUCGCCUAA